AUGGUAGCUUCCACAGAACAGCCUUCUGCAUCAUUUGGGAGCAGCACUCCAGGCAGGACAGCCCCCUUCUCUGUUACCACUGGAGAUCUCAGGGAAAGCUCGAGUGCCGAUCAACCCCCGGAGACCUUCUCCUCUUCAGCCCCCCCUCCGUCUCCUGUAUCGUCGCACAGCCCCUCCUUGGGCAGCACCCACCCCAUCACUCAAGCCGUCACGAACGAGUCAGAAACUUCAGGCAUCUCAGCCAGCACCAGCCUCGCCAAGGUUACCGGGACAAAUACUCUUGCUUCCCGGAAGACAGCCCCGGCAGAAACAUCCGGAGUGCAACCCAUGCCAGCCUCGGACACGGCACCCACCACUUCGGAAACACUGGUCAGCUCUCGGGAUGGAAGCCACGCAAGUAGCACAGCAGCUGAAUCCAGCACCCCGUCCACAUCAUCUCUUUUCACCCCAGCUUCACAAAGGCCCGUGGUUAGCACCUCUUCCACCAGUACGCAUCUGUUCAGUCAUGUGACAUCCCAACAACUGGACUUUACAGACUCCUUAGCUCCAAGCUCCCAGUUUGUCACUCAAGCUGUCUCCCUCGAACCAAAGACAUCAGGUGUAUUAGUCACCAGCACUGUCCCCAAGGCAUCUGGAAUAAUUUCAGUUCAUUCUGAGAGGAUAUCACAUGGAGAAUCACAAAGCUUGCAAACCACAUCAGCCUCAGAACCCACCACUUUCCUUGUAUUGAGCAACUCUGCAGUGGGAGAACAGGCUAAAGCUACUGACAAAUUAUCCAGUACCUCCCCAAUUGUGUCCUCAUUCUCCAUCUCUUCUGCAACAAGUCCAAACACCUUGCUUGAGAUAACGUCCCUGCCAAUUAAUCCUUCCAUGAGAACCAAGGAAUUGUUGAGCUCUGCAUCUUCAGAUCUGGCAUACACCACCUUUUCCCCAUUGAGUACAUAUUCUGAGACAGAUCCUAUCCUGUGUUUCAAUACACAUGAUUUUUGCACACAGUCCACUAAAUGCCUUGCCUUACAAAAAGAUUACAUCUGUUCAAGCAAACAAGCAUUUGCUUGCAGUAUUUUAUUCAAAAAUUGGACUUUCAUAUCUCCUGAUCUUUAUAAUCCAGAAAGUGAAAUCUAUAAGAACCUGACUGACAAAAUCAGAAACACUGUUAUUGAAGGAAUGAAGCUGAAGCUUGGUGAUGAUGCCUUUGAUAUUGUCAUGGUUGGAUUCCGACCUGGAAGUGUGGUUGCGUAUUUUACAUCUCUGCUCCAAGGACAACAGUUCCUCAGUACAAGAAUGUUUUCAGCAGAUUUAAUAAAAGUAGUGAAAAACAUGCUUGAUAAUGAAACCGAAUUAUCAGUCAAAGAAAUACACAGACAGCUUUAUUCAUCAACCACCUCUUCUGAAGCUGGACAGGCUUCCACUAAUGGAAUGGGUGAUAUCACCACAGAAUCCAGCAUAGUCGCUACACCUCACGUAAUCUCCAGAUCACAGUCUCCUCUGAAUACAGACAGCCUAACCAUACAGAGAACUUCCCAUACAACUUAUUUUGCUGACCCACAGGAGAAACCUUCUUCUAUACCUCCUACUUCCACUGUACCUUCUCAGAGCAUGACAUCCACUGCUUCUCAGUCUCUUAUUCACAUAAGCACUACUGAGGACAGAUCUUUAGGAGUAUCUGAAACCACACCAGUUACAAUCUCUGCAGGAAUAGGAAUUGAGACUGCUCUUUCCAGUACAAGACCACUGGGGUCUCCAAAAGAAAUGCCCACUUCUACACCCACAAGGCCAGAAUCUUCCAAUGCCGUGACACCAUACAUUACUUCUGAGAGAGAGUACACCUCAUCAACCAUAUUGGAUAUGACUACUUCUGAGGCAGCCUCUAAGCAAAGUGCUUAUUUGAAAUUAUUUUCUACACAGCUUCUUUCUACCACAUCUGUGAGCAGUAACCCACAUGAAGCCACCCACCAGAGAGUCUCAGAAAGCCAAAGAGUCCCCCACAGCACCCCUUGGCCUCAACACGCUAGCAGCACAUCUACACCAAGCACCCAGGACCUGAGUCACCCGAUCACCCAAGAGCAGAAGGCUUUCACCACUUCAUCUCCAAACACACUCCCUCAGGUAACUGCCACGUACAGUCCUUACAGGAGAACUGAGGAAAUCUCCAGCUCGGCACCCUCAGGUCUGGAGUCUAGCACCUCUGUCCAACCGAGUGGGUUGCCUGAAAAAGAGGUGAGCAGCACCCAAUCCAGCAUCAAUCCCACACAUGGGGUUUCCUGGAAGGCAGCUUCCACAGAACAGCCUUCUGCAUCGUUUGGGAGCAGCACUCCAGGCAGGACAGCCCACUUCUCUGUUACCACUGGAGAUCUCAGGGAAAGCUCGAGUGCCGAUCAACACCCGGAGACCUUCUCCUCUUUGUCAUCACCUCCGUCUCCCUUACCAUAUCACAGCACUUCCUUGGGCAGCACUUGGCUCCUCAGUCAACGCACCUCCCACGAACCAAAGGCAUCAGGCAUCUCAGCCACCAACCGUUCCCCUGAUGCAACGUGGACAAAUGCUCUCCCUUCUGGGAGAACAUCCCAGAGAGAAAUGCAAAGCACAGCCUCCUCUGAAAGCACAAGCAUCCUUCAGGGCACAACUGGAUCCAGCACAACACUUAUGGAGGGAGGUGGUGGGAGCCAUACUGUAGCCAGUCCCAUAGCUCCAACUUCUCUUCAGAAAGAGGUCUGGAUAAGCUCUCCUUCAACAACCCCUUCUCUUGCAACAGGUUCAAGCUCCUUAAGGACUGUGGGGGUCCAUGAAAUCCCAACAGCAGCACUAAAAACAGAAGAAUUCUCUUCUCUUGUAACACCACCUUCACCUACACCUUCUGACAGCAUGUCUUUUGCAAGUACUGAGCUCCUGAGUCUCCUGACAUCCCAAGAGCAGAACUCUUUCUCAGAUAAAAUUAAAAUUUCUCCUCAAACAACAGCAAAAACCACUAGACAUUCUGCAUCCUUAACAUCUUCUUCUGCAAGUAGUGUCACAGGUGAAUAUGAGACUAGUCAGUUAGUUAGUCAGGAUCCAAUAUCUACUUCCUAUUUUGUGGGAAAACAACACACAGAGACUGUUUUGACCUCUGUUUCAAUGCACACCAAGAAUUCUGUAUUUUUUUCUACUGUAACAUCCACCACCCAGAAUCCUCAUGAAUGUUCUACAGGGCCUUUGUACAUCACUCUGGAUAGAGUAACCAGUCAAGUGAUACAAUUCCAUUGGAUGCUUCUGGAUGGGAGAAGAGACAGCCCUUACCUAGUAUCUCUGCUAGAAGAUAAAACACUUAAGAGUAACAGUAGUACCAACAGCACAAGCACUGUAUUUGAAAACCUUCAUCCAGGCAACUGGUAUACAGUAUCUGUGGAGGUGUGGAGCUGUGGUAGAAAGAUCGGUUCUUCUGUGACAGUACGGACAGAAGCCACAAGCUAUAUUGGAACAGCAAGGAUUAAAAAUGAAAAACACCUACCCGAAUAUAGUAACUCAUCAAGUACUGCAUUUCAGGAAUUUCAUAAGAACUUCACAAAACAGCUAGAAGAAAACCUGCCACCUGCAUUCCAAGAACUAUUGAAUUCUGGAAAAAUACGUAUAGUAGUCACUGGGAUUCGUGAAGGCAGUGUGAUUGUGACUUUUGACAUUGUGAUGGUUCUAAAUGGAACUGUAACACAUGAGGAAAUUGAACAUGCUAUUAUUGGAGCCUUAAACAAAAGCAGAACUCUGGAUGUGGACUUCUCUGCAACAUCUAUAAAAGCUGCCCUUCCCUGUCAGACAGGCUACAAUGGCUGUUCUGAAAAUGCUGUCUGCCUUGAAGUAGCCAGAGGAUAUACCUGUCAAUGCAAGACCGGAUUUCAGGAUCAGAGUCCCAAGGUGCAAGGGAGACAUUGUCAAGAGAUAAAUGAAUGCAUGAAUAAUCCAUGUUCCUCCUUGGCUUCGUGUACUAAUACCAUUGGCAGUUACCAAUGCCAAUGUUAUCCAGGCAUAACAGAUUUGGAUACAAGAAAUCCUGGAAGACUGUGUCAAGAUCCUGUCCUGUGUUUCAACAGAUCUGAUCUGUGUUCAGAGACCACCAAAUGCCUUGGGUCACAAAAAUACUACAUCUGUUCAAGCAAACAAGCAUUCGCUUGCAGUAUUUUAUUCAAAAAUUGGACGUUCAUAUCUCCUGAUCUUUAUAACCCAGAAAGUGUGGUAUAUAAGAAUCUGACUGACAUAAUAAGAAACACUGUUAUUAAAGGCAUGACAGUGAAGCUCGGGGACGAGAGUUCUGAUGUCAUAAUGGUUGGAUUUCGACCUGGAAGUGUGAUUGCAUAUUUUACCUUUUUGUGGCAAGGACAACAGCUCAUCAAAGUAGGAAAAUUUAAAGAAGAUUUAACAGAAGUAGCGAAAGAAAUGCUUGAUCAUCAAACUGAAGUAACAGUCAAAGCUGAUCUCGUUGUGAUCCACCUUGAAUCUCGGUUUUUGGAGAAAAGUUGGAAAUCAAAUAAAUCUAACAAAUGCAUUGGAGGAUAG